AUGCCGGACUGUCAGAAUGCAUUGCACACAGCUGAUGCGCUAUCGAUAGCGAUAUCAACCGAAAGCUUGAAUUUCAAUCCAAUUGCAUUCAAUUUAAAUAUGAAGGAAAAAAAGAAAAAGACCAGCAAAACGGCCAAUAAACCGAAGGAAACUUCAGAUACCCAGAAAAAGAAGAUAAUUGAACUGCUGCAUGAGUACAACGACCUGAAGGAUGCCACACAGCGCGUCCUGGAAGCCUUGGCGAACCUAAAAUGCGUACCCGUCGGAUCGGUUUAUGCUACUUACAACCUUCCCCACGACGAAUAAAAUAAGCGCUU